AUGGGCACCCUGGGCUGCGUCCUGCUGAGCCUGGGGCUGUGCGCGUUGACUCAGGCCGCCUACAAGGUCUGGGUCCCCAACACCGACUUUGACGACGCCUCCAACUGGAGCCAAAACCGGACCCCGUGCGCCGGUGCCACCAUCGAAUUCCCAGCUGAUAAGAUGGUGUCCAUCUGGGUGCGGACAAGUCACAGCGUCUCCGACAUGCUCUUGCCACUGGAUGGAGAACUUAUCUUGGACUCUGGAGCUGCAUUCAGCACUUCAGGCACCACUCGGGAUCCAGUCUGCAGUGCAGGUGUACCUGUACUGUUUCGUGACCCUGACCGCUUCUCAUGGUUCGACCCGAACCUGUGGCGUUCUGAGGACAUGACCCACGGCCUCUUCUCUGUGGACGCUGAGCGAGUGCCCUGUCGUCAUGACGACGUCGUCUUUCCCUCCACCACCUCCUUCCGUGUGGGCCUGGGCCCCGGUGACCUGACUGUGCGCAGUGUGUCGGCCCUGGGCCAGACGUUCACCAGGGACGAUGACCUGGCCGCCUUCCUGGCCUCCCGCGCCGGCCGUCUGCGCUUCCACGGGGCGGGCGCCCUGCAUGUGGCCCCCGAGGCCUGUGCCGACCCCUCGGGCUGCGUCUGCGGCAACGACGAGGUGCAGCCGCAGGUCUGUGAAGCUCUGCUCCAGCCCCUGGGCGGCCACUGUCCCCCAGCUGCCUGCCGCGAUGCUCUGCGGCCUGAGGGCCAGUGCUGCGACCUGUGCGGGGCCGUCCUCUCUCUGACCCACGGCGCCGCCUUCGACCUGGAGCGGUACCGGGCACGGCUGCUGCACACCUUCCUCCUCCUGCCCCAGUACCAGGACCUGCAGGUGGCCGUGUCCAAGGUGCGGCGCGUGGGGCGCGCGCGGACGGCAGCGGGGUACGGCGUGGGAGGCUCAGGUACUCCAGGUGGGGGUGCUCAGGUAUACCGGGGUGGAAAAGGCUGGGUGCGGAUGGGGUGGAGGCGGAGUCCUGAAGAUUCAGCCUCAUCAGCUGAACCCCAGCAGGGCUUCGACAACCCAGUGUUUGACUCAUCCGGCUCCGGCUCUGUGGGCCCUGAGGAGUGCAAGCCCCCCAGCCCACAGAUGGACGCUGGGACCACCAGCAGCACCUACUUCGUCAAUCCGCUGUUCACAGUGGAGGAGGCAGAGGCCUGA